ACUUCCGACUCUGUCAACAGUCCCUUGUGAGCAGUCAACAGUAGCAACGUCAGUGUCAGAGGUGGUAGUGAUCUAAGCGGAUCUAAGAAAAAGCCAAGCAAAGUGUCGCUAAGCAGACAGAUACAGUUGUGCAAAGGAAAUGGCCGCACGUAAUGCCCUUUUAGCGAGACCCCAAUGGGCCAUCACCAAUCAGUUGACUAUGCCGCUAAUAACAGUUGCAGAGAGCGGGAAAAAAUCAGUUCGAGGACUCGUGGCUGUGGCGAUUCCAUUUACCAUUUUUCUUGACACUCUCUUUGUAGACAAAGUUGUGACAGAUAACGCAGGAAGGAGCAUGCAACGCGACCAGUAUCAAAUCUUCAAGAGUAUUGAGGGGGCCUUACAAAUAACGGGGAUGGAUGGAAAAGCCUGUCUCCUCCGCACUAUCUGUGAAAUCCAGCGAAACCAAUUAGCGAAAUACACUUUGGCUGGCGAACUCAUUACUUUACUUCUGACGCCCAAAAGUGGAGACGAAGGAUUUUCUGGAUUCUUACACGAUUAUUUGAUUGCGGAGAAGGUUGGGCGUUCACUCAACCAGUCCUGCGCCGAUUCAUUCCCACGUUGCCCCGUGUCACUCUCCGAUUUUUUCAGUUCGAAUAAUACUGGUGAGGUUGAUGAUACAGCUACCAAAGGUAGUUUCGUCAAUUUGAAUAGUCCACAUCCUGAAGUGACGGAGAACUUGAAGCACAGCAGCCAUUCUUCCAUAACGAACAAGCCAGCUGAUCAUGAAUUUUUAAUUGAAAAGGACGCCACGUCUGUCCGGAAGAAGGAACCAUUCGGAAUGGAGAAUGGACUUUAAUUAUAGUGUUUUCAUUUAACGACGAAUUUUUUUUAUGACACCACACUGUCCGUCCAGAAGAAGCAUAUCCCUUUGGAACGGAGAACAAAAUCAAUAGGGGCGCAUUUUCUUAUAUCAAUAUAGUUUGUCAAUGCGGUCUGAUGAAGAAAGAAGAGGAAAGCUUUAAAAUAACAGCAAUGGAAGCGCUACUUUGAAGCGGCAUUUUAUUUAUUAAUGAAUGUGUAAUAACUGCUGAAUUAAUUUAUUUCAAAACCCAACCCAAAUUACUUGUAAAAUACAAAUCUGAAUGGAA